AUGGUGUUGGAAGCGUCAAUGAUUGUAGUCGACAACUCUGAGUGGAUGAGAAAUGGUGAUUACUCCCCAACUCGUCUGGUAGCCCAGAAUGAAGCCGUCAACCUUGUCUUUUCAUCAAAAACCCAAGCCAAUCCUGAAAGCACAGUUGGAUUGAUGACCAUGGCUGGAAAAAGCCCCGAGGUUCUAGUAACCUUAACAUCAGAUGUCGGAAGGAUCCUUAGUGCACUUCAUGGCGUUCGUGUUGGUGGCGAGUCAGACUUAUUGACUGGAAUCCAGAUUGCUCAGCUCGCAUUGAAGCAUCGUCAAAACAAAAAUCAGCGUCAGAGAAUUAUCGUAUUUGUGGGCAGCCCAGUAGAAACCGACGAGAGAACAUUGAUACGACUAGCAAAGAAAAUGAAAAAGAACAACGUUGCUGUCGAUAUUGUAAAUUUUGGAGAGGAGGCUUCCAACACAUCCAAACUUGAGGCCUUUAUCAACAGUGUUAACAACAGUGAUAACAGUCAUUUGGUUACCAUUCCUCCUGGACCUCAUCUGUUGAGUGACAUGUUGAUCUCGACACCAAUCAUUUCUGGUGAGGAAGGAUCCUCAGCUAACUUUGGCUCAAGUGGAGGAGGUGCAUUUGAAUUUGGCAUUGAUCCCAGUUUGGAUCCCGAACUUGCUCUUGCAUUGCGUAUUUCGAUGGAAGAGGAAAAAGCUCGUCAGGAGGCAGAAGCCGCAAAGAAGGGCGAGUCAUCGGCUCCUACUGCAGCCAGCUCUACCAGUAUGCCAGUAGAUCAACCACAUAUGUCAGAUGAAGACGCAGAGUUGCAAGCUGCGUUGGCUAUGUCUAUGGGCCAGGAUGAGGAUACUGAAAUGGGCGAUUCAAACGAUCAAGAUGAACUCCAGAAGGCUUUGGCUCUCUCUAUGAAUGAUGCGCAAAGUAAUGAUGCAUCCAUGUCUGACAUUCUUGGAUCUCUUCCUGGUGUUGAUACCAAUGACCCUCGCUUUAAAGAAGCUCUUGAAGAGAUGGAAAAGUCAAAGGAUAAGGCAAAGGACAAGAAGUAG